CGUUUUAGUGUGUCUUAAAGCCUCGCCUUGCCAAAAUCCAUAGAAACCGGGUGACAAGACGAGAACGAUGAGCAGAGCAGGCUACACAGGACAACACACACCAAGACACUGUAACACAAGAGGCUUACUGUCCUCUGUGUAUGGACACAUUGAGAGACCCGGUCACCAUCCCCUGUGGAGACACCUACUGCUUGGAAUGCAUAAAGAUCUACUGGGACCAGUUAGACCACAUGGGUUUGUACAGCUGCCCACAGUGCCGUACAACCUUCACACCACGGCCCGUGCUGAGACGCAAUCCGCCCGACGUAAAACCUAAGCCGCAGCGCCAACUUCCGGAGCUCAGUCCUUUCCCCUACAUGCAGCGGGAAUCCUUCUGCGAUUUCUGUAUUGGCCGCCGUAACAAGGCCGUCAAGUCGUGCCUCGUGUGCCUAGCCUACUACUGUGAAACGCACGUCAAGCCACAUUAUGAGUCGUCCACCUUCAGGAGACACAAGCUGGUGGAUGAGACGGGCCACCUGGACAGGAAGAUCUGCCCCCAGCAUGAGAAAGGCCUGGAGCUGUUCUGUCGCUCUGACCAGAUGUGUAUCUGUGUGCUGUGUACUGUCAAAGAGCACCGCAGCCACAACAUUACCUCAGCAGAAGAAGAGCGCAUCGAAAAACAAAAAGUCUUGUUGGCCACCCAGUCUGAAGUCCAGCGCAUCACUCAGGAGAGGAUAAAGGAGCUGCAGGAGCUCAAACAUAAUGUAGACAUUCUCAAAAGUUGUGCCCAGCGAGCUCAGGCAGGAAGUGAUAAGACAUUCCACGAAAUGCUGCAGGCGGUGGAGCGCUGGAAGGCUGAAAUCAAUCAGAUGAUAGUGACCAACAUGCAGUCAGUCGUGUCGCAGGCUAAGGGCUAUGUGGAGCGUCUGGAGCAGGAGAUCAUGGAGCUGCAGCGCAGAGACACAGAGCUACGGCAGAUCAUCGAAACAGAGGACAACAUUCAUUUUCUGCAGAAUUUUCCGACCCUGUGUGCUCCUCCUGAGGCCAUGGUGCCGAAAGUGCUUAUCAACCCUCAGUUCUCCUUUGGAGAGAUGAGCAAGACAGCCACAGAGAUGAAGGAACAUGUGGAUGACAUCUGUAAGAAGGAAUUGAGCAAAAUCUCCAAGACAGUCAGUGAAACCCCUGUGUACAUAUUGUUGCCAAGAAAUGGAGAAAAACAACUCAAAGCAGUUCCUUCUGGAGUUGAUUUACAGGAGCCAAAAACCAGGAAAGACUUCUUAAGAUACUGCUGCAAGAUGUCCAUUGAUCCAAACACGGUCUCUAAAGAGCUGGUCUUGUCGGACAGGAACCAGAGGGUCACCCGGAAGAAAACAAUCCAGUUUUAUCCAGAUCAUCCGGAACGCUUUGAUGGCUUCUGCCAGGCGCUGUGCAAGGAGCCUCUGACUGGUUUCCGAUUUUACUGGGAGGCAGAGUGGAGCGGGGAGUUUUCCAUCGGGGUGGCCUACAAGAGCAUCAGUCGCAAGGGGAAGAGUUCGCACAGCCUGCUGGGCUACAACGACAAGUCUUGGAGUCUCCUUUGCUCAGACUCAGGCUACUCUGCCUGGCACAACAAAGUAGACAGAGACCUUCCUGAUGCUCCCAAGGCCACACGAAUUGGUGUGUACCUGGAUUAUGCAGGCAACACUGUGGCCUUUUACUCAAUAUCAGAGGCCAUGGAGCUUAUCCACAGAUUCAAAGCUCAGUUUAGUGAGCCUUUGUAUGCUGGUUUUGGUGUGGGCUCCUCUGUUACCCUCUGCCAGCUACAGCCAUUGUGAAGGGUUCAGAACUUACAUGUACUGUAUACAGUGUUAGAUAUUGACUGUACAGUACAAGGUAAAGUUAUGGUCUGCCAAAUUGAAUGCAUAUUAUAAGUGUCACGAUGGGUAAUGUGAGGGCAAUGGGGAUUGGACCCAAAUACAGACAGAACAGGCAGACUGGUGAAGUUCAAGGAUUUAUUGUUAAGGAAUGGGCUUACAGGCAAGUGUUGUUAGGCAGGAGAUAUCCACUCAAAUGCAAAUGGAAACGACUGAACUGGCAAUUAAGAAAGGAAACGAACUUGUAUUUCACUAACAAAGACCACGCCUACGAACGUAGAAGAUUAACAAUGGUUUAUUGCUUGUAAUGGAGCCGAGAUGGAAGAGAAAGGAUCGAGUGCCCGGAGGGUGG